UUAUAUAGCCACGUAUCAAUCUGCACAAAGUCUUCUAUGAUGUUACUCUUCCGUUAUUUAUUUUGCUGAUAAAUAUACAUUCUUUGAUCCAUAGCUCCAGAAAUGGCAGCUGCACUUGUUCCCUCAGCCUUGGAGCUAAUAACAAGAGUUGAAGCUGUAGCAUCAUUGAAAGGGGUGAGGCUGGGGAGAGAUUCUAAAAAUGAACUCCAAAGGCUUAGGCACAACCUUUUGGCCUUCAAUGCUAUCCUUGAGGAUGCAGAGCAAAAGAGAAGGACCGACAGAGCUAUCCAACUUUGGAUAGAUCCGCUUACAGAUGCAGCUUAUGACGUGGUGGAUGUGUUGGACGAGUGGAUCACUACACUCGUGAAGUUGAGAAUAAAAGGAGUUGGAAAAACUUCUAUUCUGAAGGCUAAGGUAGGCUCCUACAUUACCCACUGUUUACAUACUGCCCAAGUUGUUAGACGUGAUGAUCUUGCUUUCAAAUUAAAGGAAGUCAGCGACAAGCUAGAUGAGAUUACCACUGAAAUAAAUCAGGUCCACUUAAUACUAAGUUUAGGGUUUCAACACAGCAGACGGAUUGAGAGUACAGCUCUUGUUGAUAUGUCAGCUAUAAUUGGUCGAGAUGAGGUUAAGGGAGACAUUGUAAGCAGUUUGUUGUCUGCAUCCACUGAACGACUUAAGACAAUUUCUGUUGUUGGCAUGGGUGGGGUGGGAAAGACAGCUAUAGCUCAACUUGUUUACAUGGAUGAGAAUGAUGUUGCCAAAACAAUAAUUAAAGAAGUUGAGCAUGUUAAAAGAUUUGAAGGAGCGGACUCCCUUGAUUCAUUUCCACUUUCUGCCCUUCUUGGUAGAAUUUGUAGAUCUAUCCACGGAAAGAAAUUUUUUCUUGUGUUGGAUGAUGUGUGGGGAGAUGACAUGCGACACUGGGAAGGAUUAAUCCAGACUUUCAAACAUGGUGCCCCAGGGAGUAGGAUUUUGUUAACUACUCGUAAGGAUACGGUGGCAAACAUGAUGGUGGACUCUCAUGUCAUUCAUUUGGAACCGUUAUCUGAUGAACAGUGUUGGAUGGUGGUUAGUCAAGGCGCAUUUUCUGGAAGGGGUGAUGAACAGUGUUGGAAUUUAGAGGAUAUUGGGAAGAGAAUUUCAAACAAGUGUAAAGGCUCGCCUCUUGCUGCAAAGAUUCUAGGAGGCCUCCUAAGAUUUAAGAGCCGUAGGGAAGAGUGGGAAAAUGUCUUGAACAGUGAAAUCUGGGAGUUUGAGAUUGCACAUCAAGAGCUUUUUGUUUUUCUACUGUUGAGUUAUUAUGAUUUGCCUUUGCAACUGAGAGAAUGUUUCAAGUAUUGCGCUAUUUUCCCAAAAGAUUUUGUAUUCAAUGGAGAAAUAAUAAUAUACCAAUGGAUGGCACAAGCUUGCUCUUUCUUCCAAGAUUUUCUGAUGGAUAAAGAUGGUCUAAAAUCAACAUGGAAAAUGCAUGACUUUGUGCAUGACUUUGCACAGUUUUUGAUGAUGAACAAUGGAAUUGUGAUUGAGGUCAUGAAUCCAGGAGGCAAUUCAAGGAUAGAUUUGCCUUCCACAAAAGCUCGUUAUUUGACAGCAUUGAUAGCAGAGGGGUGUUGUCUUCCUACUUCCGUUUAUGGUGCUAAAAAGUUGCAUAGCCUCAUGAUCAUUUCUGGAGAGAAUGCAAUAACCAAUGAAGCUGUGCAAAUCAUUUUUAAUCAAGCAAAACGGCUAAGGUUGGUGGAUUUUGGUUGCCAUAAUGCAUUAGUGAAUACAAUUCCAAAAGAAAUAGGGAAUUUGAUCCAUUUGAGGCACAUUAACUUGAGUGGAAGUACAAUAAAAGGAUUGCCCAGAUCUUCGCGUGACUUACAUAAUCUUCAAUAUUUGAAUCUCAACAACUGCAAAUCUCUUGAGAAUUUACCAGAUGAGAUAGGGAAUUUGAUCAACUUGAUAUAUCUAGGGACUCUUCAUUGCUACAAGUUAGCUUGUUACCCCAAAUCAGCUAGGAGAUUAACAAAUUUGAGGCAAUUAUGUGGGAUCGUGCUUAGGGCUGAUAGAAAUGAUGCUAAGGAAUUCGCUCUUGGAGACCUAGAAAACUUGAACUGCCUUCAUGAACUUUCCAUGGUACUAAAAGGAAAUUCAGUAAAUGACAGAGAGCUUAAAAGAGCCAAAUUUGAAAAUAAGCCAGAUUUAAAGGAAAUCAAGGUGGAGUGACAAGGAAGCAUGAGGCAGGAUGACAGUCAAGUAUGAAGUGCUAGUUCCGUUGGUGAAGAGGAGCAUUGUUCUUGCAGAGAUCAGAAGCUGCUGGUUAAUGUCUCACUACUAGUUUGUUGAAUUGAAUAUAAUCUUCUGUGUAAUUUUAUAUUCUAAGAUAUGCUAUGCAACUUGUUAUGUGAUGAUUGUGAUCUUUAAGGGUUCUGAAUGUUGUUUUUAGAGGAGUGUGAGUAGCUUUCUAGUUGUUCAACGUGAUCAAAGGAUUGAAUAUGUUGGGUAGAUAUGUAUAUGAAUGAAAGUUUCUUGGUACUUGAUGAGAAAGCGUUAAUGGAGUUCCAAUAUGCCUUCCUGGAGUGUUGUCUUUGGGCAGAAGAUCAAUCAUGAU